AUGCGGUACAUGCUCUACUUAAGCCAGGAGGAUCUGGAGAGGUUCAAGCAGCUCUUAGUGCGGGAGCAGCCCGAAGCGGGCUCCACCCAGAUCACCUGGGACCAGGUGAGGACAGCCAGAUGGGGCGAGGUGGUCCAUCUCUUGACGGAGUACUUCCCUGGUCACCUCGCUUGGGAUAAGGCUCAUCACAUCUUUGCCAGCAUGGACAAGACCCAACUGUGCGAUCGGACGCGGAUGGAACUACAAGAGCUCCUGCCUCACCUGGAGCCCACGGGCCCACCCCCAAGAAGAGCACUGAGGACCUUGGAGGAGGAGUACCCUGCCAUGGUACAGCACUACCGGAAGCAGGUGCUGGACCACUACUCUGACCUGGUGGACGGCCUGGCGUGGCCCGGGAACCAGGCGGACUUCUUCUACCAGGACAUCCUCCGGCACCAGAGGCUCCUGCCCUGUCUGUUCCUCCCCCGCAGGCCACAUGGCCGGCCGCCCCGGACAGUGGUCCUGCGGGGUGUGGCCGGGGCAGGGAAAACCACGCUGGCGCACCGGGUGAUGCUGGAGUGGGCAGGGUGCACCUUCUACCCGCACAAGGCCUGGUGCGCCUUCUAUGUCCACUGCCGCCACGUGGCCCACGACGAAGAGCAGAGUCUGUGCGGCCUGCUGUCCCGCCAGUGGCCCCAGGCAGGGGCGCUGGCCGCCAAGGCCCUGGCCAGGCCAGAACAGCUGCUGCUCAUCCUCGAUGGCUUCGAGACGCUGGCCUUGCCCCUGGCGCACAGGCACAAGGAUCUGAGAGAGGACUGGAGGCGGAAGCUGCCGGUCCCCAUCCUCCUGGCCAGCCUGCUGAGUGGGAAGAUGCUGCCCCAGGCUUCGCUGCUGCUCCUGCUGAGAUUCUCCUCCUGGAGGGUCCUCAAGCCCCUGCUGAGCUGCCCCUCGGUCCUGACCCUCUCGGGGUUCACCGCCCCGGAAAGGACCCGGUAUCUCCGGAGGUACUUUGGGGACGGGAGGGCGGCCGACAAGGCCGUGGAUUUCCUCCGGGGCAGCGCCAUCCCCUCCUCCAUGUGCCAGGCGCCCGCCGUGUGCUGGCUGGUCUGCUUGUGCCUCAAGGAGCCGAUGGAGAGGGGCGCCGACCUCUUCCUCGCCUUCCCCAACGCGGCCGCCUUGUUCGCCCGGCACCUGUCCAACGCCUUGGUGGCCGCGGUGGGAGGCCUUCCGGGGACCCUUCUCCAAGAAUGCCUGCAGGGGGUGUGCUCCCUGGCGGCCAAGGGCAUGUGGGCCGCGCGCUGGGUAUUUGGGGAGAAGGAGCUGGAGCGCGCCCAGCUGGGCCCGGAGGCCGCGGAUGCUCUGCUGCGUGCCCAUGUCCUCCAGAGCGUGGUGAGGGGCGAGGCCCGCUACACCUUCACCCUCCUGAGCUUCCAGGAGUUUUUCGCCGCCUUGUGGUACGUGCUCCGCUUCCCAGGGCGGUUCCCCGAGUUCCAGAAGCUGGACCAGGCCCACGUGAGGCGCCUGCUGGCCCAGCCCGGCAGGAGGAGGAACGACCUGGCCCUCAUGGCGCUCUUCCUUUUCGGCCUCUUCAACGAGACGUGCGCCCGGGCGGUGGGGAGGUCUUUCCGGUGCGAGGUGUCCCUGGGGAACAAGGAGGUGUUGUCCCGGACAGCCCUGUGGCAGGACCGCCUGCCCACCAAGCACCACGGGCUGCCCCUGCUGUUCUACUGCCUGCACGAGACGCGGGAGGAGGCGUUCCUGGCCCAGGUGCUGCAGCGCUGCAAGCAGGCCACGCUGAUGGUCGCCAAGCACAGGGACCUGCAGGUGUGCGCUUUCUGCCUCCGCUGCUGCCAGCGCCUGCGGGAGAUACAGCUGGUCUUGACCCUGACCAUCCACAAGGCGAUACCAGAAGGCACCAACUGGCGCCUCUGCUGGUGGGAGGAGCUCUGCAUGGCGCUGGCUCUGCAGGAAUUGGAGGCCCUGUCCCUGACCAACAGCGUCAUAGAGCUGGACACCGUGCAGGCCCUCAGCGCGGCCCUGAAGAGCCCUCGCUGCCAACUGCACACCCUAAGGUUGGAAGGCUGCUCGGUCACCCCUACAAGUAUGCUUGAAUUUGCCGAAGACCUUUCAAGUAACCUGAAGCUGAAGACGCUGAUGGUACGGAGGAUCUAUCUGAAGGACGAGGGGGCCUGUUCCCUGUCCAAGGCCCAGCGGGAGAGGCUGGCGCUGGAGUGCUGUGACUACACGCUGCUCUCCUACCAAAGCCUCAUCCUCAAUCUCAGCAGCAACCACAGGCUGACCCACCUGAGCCUGGCCGGGAACGCCCUGAGGCCCGAAGGCGCCAAGGACCUGUGGAGCGCCCUGCAGAAAGCCAAGUGCCCACUACAGAGGCUCGUCCUGAGGAACUGCGCCCUGACUGCCUGCUGCUGCUGGGAGGCAGCCUGCGCUCUUGUCCAGAUCACCACCCUGCAAAGCCUGGACCUCAGCUUUAACAGCCUGACAGAUGAGGGGUUGGACCAGUUCUGCAAGACCCUGGAGAACCGUAACUUCGGACUCCAGGUGCUUGAGCUGGAGGGGUGCCGGCUCACCUCCGACUGCUGCCAGGCCGUGGCCUCCUUGCUCCUCUGCCACCCGAGCCUGAGGCACCUGGACCUGAGAAAGAAUGACAUUAGGCUCAGGGGCGUCGAGCUCCUGCACCAGACCUUCGACCAGUGGAAGGGGGACACGAGGGUCGUCCUGGAGAGGAAGCAGAGUUGCCAUGUGAACGUGGGGCUCAGGCUGGAGGGGCCCCGGGUGGACAACAAGGUGCUGAGGAUCCUGCAGGACUGGGACGCGAGGCCGCGCUAG